UCAGCUCUCCGAGUGAGGGAGGAGGUUAUAUCCAGCCCGCCUUUGACUUGCUCUUCUCGCAGCCACGGCUUCUCAAUCCACAGUCCUAUUGCAAUGUAGUGAGAGGUGGUCGGGGAAAAGAUAGCUGGAUCUCCGAAGAGUCAGGAAGCUGGGCUCUGGGGGCAGCAGGUGAAAGCAGUAUGUUCCCUGCAAAGUCUAUAGAAGAUUUUUUCAGUGCUAGAUUUGGACACGCUCACAGCAUAAGCCUGUCUGGGAACUUCAUGUUGCUUUAAAUAAGAGCCUUCAUUGCCACAUGUUGUAAGAGCAGCUGGAUUAUUCCUUGCACAUUCAUUAGGAACUGGACCUGAAAUAAGGAUUUGGGAAGAUGGGGCUCCAGAAAGCUACAAACCAAAGAAACUAACAACUGCUGGCACUUUACGUUUUGCAUUGAGUGUGCCCCAAGGACUCUUGCCUAGGGUGAGAACUCCAGGGAAGGCAAAGGAGAGCGGAUUUGAUCUCACUGGAAUCUGCUGCAGUUUUUCUACUGGCUCUGUGGCUGGUGUCUCUAGUUCCGGAUUGUGCUUGAUGGGGGUUCUUGCUAGGGGAGCAGACUUUGCAGCUAAGGACAGAAUUGUGGAACUGGGGGACUUGGCAUCUAUAUGCCGAAAGGCAUAUUGGCCUAACCCCCAAGCAAAAGGCUUUUUCUCUAACAGUUGCCUUCUGUAGUAUAUUGAGUGUUGAAAGCUGGAGACAGACUAUAGAAUCUUGCAGCAUGACCUCCAAGCUGGAACAAAAGGAAGCUCAUCACACCAAUGGAGUGGUGCUACCUGUAGUUGUGGGCCCUAUAGACUGUAUCUCCAGCCCCGACCGGGAGCAUCUCGUUGAAUCUUCUGAGUUUUUAGGGCCUGAAGGAGGAGGUGGUGUGGAGGUGGUGGUGAUAGAAUCCCGAGCCAAUGCCAAAGGGGUGCGUGAGGAAGAUGCCCUGCUGGAGAAUGGCAGCCAGACUACUGAGAGUGAUGACACCAGCACAGAUCGGGGUCCAGAACCAACUUCUCCUCUCAAAGAAACUUCCUUUUCCAUUGGGCUGCAAGUCGUCUUUCCUUUCCUGCUGGCAGGGUUUGGAACAGUAGCUGCUGGGAUGGUGCUGGACAUUGUGCAGCACUGGGACGUCUUCAAGUAUGUGACCGAAGUAUUCAUCUUGGUUCCAGCGCUCCUGGGACUGAAGGGGAACUUGGAGAUGACACUAGCUUCUCGACUUUCUACAGCUGCUAAUAUUGGACAAAUGGAUACUCCCAAAGAGCUCUGGAAGAUGAUAACAGGGAACAUGGCUCUGAUACAGGUUCAAGCAACAGUGGUUGGUUUUCUGGCCUCUAUUGCUGCAGUGAUAUUUGGCUGGAUCCCAGAUGGACACUUCAGCAUUGGCCAUGCCAUUCUCCUCUGUGCCAGUAGUGUGGCCACAGCCUUCAUAGCAUCCCUCGUGCUGGGCAUGAUCAUGAUUGGUGUAAUCAUUGGCUCCAGAAAGAUGGGCAUCAACCCUGAUAAUGUGGCUACACCUAUUGCUGCCAGUCUUGGUGACCUCAUCACACUUGCUCUGCUCUCUGGAAUCAGUUGGGGUCUCUACAUAGAGCUAGAGGACAAAGCCUAUGUAAAUCCCCUGGUAUGUGCUUUCUUUGUUGCACUGCUGCCACUUUGGAUCAUCAUUGCCAAGAAGAAUCCAGCAACCCGGGAAGUGUUGUACUCUGGCUGGGAACCGGUCAUCAUAGCCAUGGCUAUUAGCAGCAUUGGAGGACUCAUAUUGGAUAAAACAGUGUCGGACCCAAAUUUUGCAGGGAUGGCAGUCUUUACACCAGUUAUAAAUGGUGUUGGUGGCAAUCUGGUGGCCGUCCAGGCCAGCCGCAUCUCCACUUACCUCCACAUGAGCGGAAUGCCUGGAGAGAGCUCUGAGACAGCCCCCCGCAAGUGUCCAAGCCCUUGCAGCACUUUCUUCAGUUCAGAUGUGAAUUCCAGGUCAGCUCGUGUGCUGUUUCUCCUGGUGGUUCCUGGCCACUUGGUUUUCCUUUACACCAUCAGCUCCAUGCAAGGUGGCCACACAACACUCACCUUGAUCUUUAUUGUUUUCUACAUGACUGCUGCACUUCUCCAGGUUCUGAUUCUUCUUUACAUUGCCGACUGGAUGGUCCACUGGAUGUGGGGCAGAGGCCUGGACCCUGACAACUUUUCUAUACCUUAUUUGACGGCGCUAGGGGACUUGCUUGGAACAGGUCUCCUGGCGCUCAGCUUCCAUAUUCUCUGGCUCAUUGGGGACCGAGACACAGAUGUGGGGGACUAAAACUAUCAUUUCUCAGCUCUUCCACUCCCCCACCUCUCCUCCUUCAGUGACAUUCCCCACUCCCCACCCCUUCCACAAAGCCUUGCUGCCACCCUCUGUCUGUCUUUGGGACUUUACCUUUGAUACUGGAUUCUCAUUAUUUUCAAUGGGAAUUAUAUUUGGUUUAUAUUUCAAGCCAAGUUUGUACAGGAAAAAUAAUUUUAGGAAGAACAAAAGAAGAAAAUGUGUAAAGACAAUCACCAAGUGCAAUUUCAUAAUGGUUAAAAUCUGAACUAAAGGAUAUAAUAGAACAAUUGAUGAGAUUUUUUUAGAAAUCCCACCUUCCUCAUUUUGCACCCACUCAAGACACUAGAUGUAAACAGCCGCUCUGUGUGUGUGUUUUGAGAGAGAUGCAAUUCGUGUUUGUUUUGUUAUUUACACUAGGGACAAGAGUUCUUUGUCUAUUGUCACAACUGGGUUCUGAAAUGGAUUAAAUGGUUUGGAUGCCAUGCAUGCUCACCUCUGUUAGUCUACACUAGAAAUGCAUCUGAUUUGACCCCAAACCAGACAUUUCUGGCUCUGAAAAUUGGCCACGUCAUUGGUAGAUAGCACAAUAAUUCAGGUUUUCCUGUGUUCUGUUCUGCUCUAUGCUGGUGAAUAGCAGGCUACUCGGAGUAACAGAAUGAUUGGUGGGAAUAGACCAAAUUCAUUGUCUACUAAGGAGACCAUGAAAGCCUGGCUCAAGAAGAUAUGCUUAUCCCACUCCUGGCCCUCUUAAGCUGACUGUUAUUCCAUGUCUGUUGUGGACUUCAGCUAUUUUAUGUUAUACUCCUAGACUGAUAAAGCUGAGAUCCACACAAUUCUUAUUAGUGCCCCCAAGUGCCAUUUCUGUUGCAAAACUUGAUAAUCCAUUAGGCAAAGGCUGACACACAACAUAUAGCAUAUCUCCAACUGCCUGUUUCUAUUAAGUAGAGUUGGAUUGUCGCUUCUUUACACCAGCCUUUCCCAGUCUUUGGGUCCCCAUAUGUUGUUGGACCAUAGUUCCCAUUAUCCCCAACAAGCAUGGCCACUGGUCAGGAAUGAUGGGAACUAUACUCCAACAACAUUUGGAAACCCAAAGGUUGGGAAAGGCUGCUUUACAUUGAAUCCGGAUGCUUGCUCUCACCUAUUGCCUUUUCAAACCUAUUGCCUCUUCCAUGCUGUUUUUGAAUGGUCCAUGUCGAUCUGCAAAACUAUGAACUAAUUGGGUUAAUAUUCUGUCUCCAAAUCUGAAAUGCCAGUAUUGAGAUUAGUCUAAAUUUCUGAUUAUGAGUCAUCCUGCUACACUUUGAUGUCAACUGUUGAGUGCUUUGCAGCUCUUGAGCUCUAGGGAAGUCAACACAAGUUUGCUAAGUACAUCUACAACUACGCAUAUGUUGGAUAUUAUUCAGUCAACCUGGUUGUCUGUCACAUAUAUCCUUGUAUAACACAGAGCAGUUGAUACAUAUCAAAAGACUUGACAUAUUCAGGGAUGAAAGUUCUUCACAUGUAUAUUUUUAAAGUUUGUCUGGAAGGGCACCCUACUGUACUCGCACUACCUUGUCAAACAGAUCUCUGCUCUUUAGAGAUUACUCUCUCUGUGUUGAGGUCAUAAGAAAUUGCAAGUAUUAGGCGUGUUUGUGGGUGCAUUGCAUGACAGCAAGACACACCUCUCACUUUCAACACUAAUAUGUGCUGGCCAAGGCUUGUAAUAGUAAAAAAAUAAAUGGUUCUGUUUUAUGACUAUGAAUCUGUCAGAUUGAUUGACAUUUCUUCAGUACAAACAGGCCAAAAACUGACACAGCAUUUUUAUCUGGAAAACAUGACACCUAUCUCAAAAGUUCUGUGGUAGACUCAAGUACUGGGAAACGAAAGCAUGAACUUUUCAAAUGUUCUUUGCUGACUGUAUGUGUGUAUUGAGCUGUUCAUUUUAAAGAAUUUCAUCUGCACCAGCAGGGGAAUGCUUGGGGGGAUACAGAUUAGCUUUUGUGAGCAAGGGGACUUCUUGUUUUAAUGUGCACCUUUCUUACCACAAGUUCUGUGAGCCCCAUAUUCUGACAUGCAUGGAGAUGGAACCCUUGUAUGAGUAGCUCAAAAUACAUGGCUCAAAAUAGCUAAAUUGUUUGCUUAAAAUGUGAAAAAGGGACCCAUUUCAUUCAUCUAGGAAUGCAAGUGAAGAGUUGCUGGAAUUUUACUUGUAUGUAGAUUGUACCUACCUAUUCUAAUUAAGAACUCUAGUCGAAUAUAUUUUUUCAUUGCAAAUUCCUUAAACUCUCACUACUUCUCCAGCGUCUCUACAGUAGAGCAUCAUUGCAUAAUGUGUUUUCUCAUUUUUGCUUUAAUUCCUAAAUGAAGCUGAAGCAAAAGGACAAAAGUGGUGUUGGUCUAUCCAGAGUACCCAUUGGUCUUGUAAAAAAAAUCUGGGAUCAUAGAUUUGACUUGCUACGCUUGACAGGCUUAAGAAUAGAAUACCUGUUGCCUUCAGAAAGGUGUUUUGCCUUUUUUUUUCUUCACCACUAAGCUUAACAGGGCAAUGUUUGCUAGCAACAAGUAUUUUUAUUGGUCUUGAACUGUUACCUGGAGCAUAAAUAGGGGCUUUCCAUGCAAUUUGGAUUUGGGACCCUGGCCUUAAAUUACUCUUGGAGGCAGUGUUGCUACAGUUUUGAGUGUGAUCAACAUGAAAGUUUUGGAUGGAAAUUAGUGCCAAAUGGUAGAUAAAGGGCUCGACUGGACCACUCUGCUCUUUACACUGUAGUUCCUGAACUGGGGCUAUCUUAUGGUAGCUCUAUAGUUUCAGGAGAUCUAUUUUAGAUUGACCUGAGCAUUGCUGCCUUCAUGUUUUAGGGAACGAAGCUAUGGGACCACAGUGUAAAGGUGCCUCUAAGGUCAUCUUUUCCUUCUGCAUUGUAAGGUAGACUUAAUUAGAUGGGAGCAGUAGAUGUGGAUAAAGACCUCAAGCUUUUCUUCUGUGAAUUGUGGUUCUUGGAGUGAUGAAGGUUAUAUCUGACUUCCUACUAAGAAUACUUGCAAAUAACUUGGCUUCUGCUUAAGAGUGGGCUGUGUCAGAAUAACUCAUUGUUAGCUACUGACAUUCAAAAGAGCCCAGGACUUUCAUCCUCCUAACAGUUAAAUGUUAAACUAUAAUUCCCUUUAUCUUCUCAUCACUGUAUGUGUUGUACUGUUGGAUGCAUCUAAGUUUUCAACUUCGUAACAUUUGAGCAAUAGAACUCCAUUUGAGCAGAUUUUCUUCCUCAUUACAUCUGAUUCCCUAGUUAAGGUCUAUGUAUCCCAUGAAGGUUUAACUCUCCUGGUCUUGGUUGCAAGACUUAUCCCUAGGUUCAGCAGCUGGAGCAUGUGUGCUACUUGGGUAGAAUCUCUAGAUUGUAUGUAUGCAGUGGGGUGAGGUAGGGGAACAACAUGGGAGUGUAUGAACAGAAUUUAAUCUAAAAGCAUUGAAUACUUUUAUUCUCACUGGUUGCACUCAGUUGCAUGUGUAUCUAGACCUGGCUGCAAAUGAAGAUGAAGCUAUUGGUUUACACCUUUAUUAAAAAAAAAAUCCUUAAUUAUUUAUAGUUGCUUAACUGAAUUGACAGAUGCCAAUUUAACUGAUAAAUUAUAUUUGGUAAAAUAAAGAUUACAUUUAUUUA